AUGGCAGAGGAAGGGAAGAGUUGUUCAGAAGUUUACAACAUUGCCCACAAACUUCAGAGUCGCGAGAUUGGUAACAGGUUGGUAUUGACAAAUGCUCAUUCUCAGAUUAAGUUCCGCAAUUUUCAGUUGCAGGAAGAGUUUUAUACAAAACAAGCAUACGAGAUUGUACAAAUAAUUUCAGCUGGAAGUAUUAUAUUUGCUUUGGCAGAAUCAGGUAUCUGUGCUGCAUUUGAUAGAGACAGAAAUAAAAGGCUUUGCUACUUGAAUUUAUAUCCAGGUGACCAUAUUCAAAGGUUGCACUAUAACAGGGAAAAUAAUUCUCUCAUCACACUAUCAACUCAUGCUUCUGAUAUAAACUCGAUCAACUGCAGAACAACCCCACUUGACUACAUUAGAAGAGCUCAACCAGAUGCUGGCUUUGCUUUGUUUGAGGGUGAAAAGCUGACUUGGCCUGAUUUCGUAAUAUUUGAUAAUAUCAAUGGGAUAGCUCUUACUUUUUCAGCUCGAGCUGAUAUUUACAAGGUGUUCGAUUUGAAAAGCUAUACAUACUUGUACUCCAUAUCUGCCAAAGAAAUUGAAGGAAUAAAGAUCGCUUCUGGUCUAAUGCUCUUAAUAUCAAAAAGAAGUGCUUGUGGAAGCAUUCUUCCUCUGAAGAUCUUAUCUAUACAGGAUGGCAAAAUUUUGAAAUCUUUUCAUCAUGAAUUACUACCCAAUAAAAAGGUAAAUUUUGUUGAGCUGUUUUAUGACAAGAUACUCGUAAAACAAGAGAAUGAAUGCCUGCAAAUGGUUGAUGUUCAUAGUGAAAAGAUGAUUGAGUUGAGGAAGCAAGAGUUUGAGAAGCAUUCAACAAUUCUUUUAUCCUCUCAUGCGAAACGAUUAUUCUUGACAUUUCACAUUGAGACUGUUUUUGUAUGGAAUUUGCAAGGAGAGGUGGUUGCAUCUUACAGAAACCACUCGAUACGGCUUUCUGGUACUAGCAUAAGUAUCGUUCAGUUGACUCGUGAUGAAGAGCUGCUCCUUUCUUACACCAAAGUCGGUGAGUCCCUUGAGGCAGAUAAAAGAGACUGCUCAAUAAACAUUAUCAACAUCUUGACUGGAAAUUGCUAUGCCAAGAUUGGUGGCAAUGACCUAGAUGUGGGUAUAAGUUGCAGGAAUCGACCUAAUCUAUCAGUAACCCAGAGCACCUUACAAGAUGUUCUUGAAGACAUUACUGCAAUUUUCUAUGACGAGGACAGAAAUGAAAUUUAUACAGGCAAUACAGGAGGCUUUGUACAUGUCUGGUCAAACUAA